AUGCUGCUGCUCGAUUCUUCUAACGCGCCGAUCGAUGUGAAUCGACCAAUAGGCUAUAAUUUCCUAGUAGAUAUCGUGGAGAUGCCAGAGUCUUGUGCAGAAAGAAGGCAAAACCUCAUUAUCGAAUAUAACUGGCUCCUUGCCUGGGCAAAAGAAGCCGAGUUGAUAGAUGAAAUAUCUCAAGACAGCAUUUCCAGGAGCCUUGGUGCUCCUCCGCUAGAGAUAGCCGCAAUCUUGUCGGCAAUUCGCACCGUCCUGGAGACUAUCGCAGAACUGUAUGGAAGGUAUGAAGAGCUGAGGCCCGAUUCUACCGGCGAACAGGGCAAGCCAGAACAGGAUGGUACACUGAAAAGCUCUUUCACCGAGAUUUCUACCAUGGUGCUUGCCUAUAACGAAAAGAGGAGAGCCAGAAUUUCAAGACCUCCACCGUGGACUUCGGCCAGCAAGGUCGUAGCAGGCGUGGGUGCCGUGUUCAAAUAUCCAAAGCGAAUCCGUUGGGUCUUGGUGGACGAGGCAGCCUUUGACGUUGCCCUCAAGCGCCUGCACAACCUGAAUAGUCGUUUACGUGGAUUGGCGGGAGAUUCUCGCUUGAAGGCGAUUCAAAAAACGGUCGAGAUGACGUUUAUGGAACUGGUGCAGUCAACGGAGACACAGAAAGAAUUAUUGGCGAUGGUACGAGCGGCCAUGUUGUUUCUUGCAGAGCCUCAAAUCAGCCGAGCUCAGGACGAUGCUCGUUCACGAAAUGAGUUGCAAACGCUGCUUGAUCUGGCCAAGUUGAAGGAGUUGAACAUUGCGAGCAAGAUGAGUGAUCCAAUACCAUCUAACCGCAUUCACUAUACCAAAGAUGAAGGCUCCAAAACCAUCACGAUUGCGACUUACCUGAAUCACCCCGAAGAGACAGAAAUGUCUACAGAAAAACAACUCGACGCAAAUACGAGAAUGGUCUGGAUUGAAUGGAAACGGUAUGGGCUGAGAGACUCUAAGCACACUUCCGACGACGAUGAGGAACACGCCGAGACCGCUCAUCCAGAAAUUACCUCGCGAACAGCUAGGCUGGCUGAACUUCUCGCAUGUCCGAAACCCACCGAUUUUUGUACGCCGAGCUGUCUGGGCUACCUCGACGAAGCGAAGAACUAUCGCUUGGGUUGGGUAUUUGCUAUGCCAGUCGAGACAGCACACCCUCCGAAAAGCCUCCGCUCACUACUUUCCAGCAUUGCCUGCCCUUCACUCACCGAGCGAGUCGCAUUGGCAUCACGACUUACUGCGUGUCUGCUGUAUUUGCAUGCCGUCAACUGGCUCCACAAAGCUCUUCGCAGCGAUAAUAUCUUGUUUAUAUAUGAUGGAGAUGGCCCCCCCAUAUCCGAACCCAUUGUGUCAGGCUUCGACCUCUCUCGGCCAGACAAGGACUCGGCAAAGACGAUUGAGAUGGCAGAGGCAAACCCGAGGCGAGACAUGUACCGGUGGCCGAUGAGCCAGACUUCCUUACCGGACGAGAACCGGGCGCGCAAGACUUUUGAUAUAUACAGCCUCGGGAUCAUCUUGCUUGAAAUAGCCCACUGGAAGCCCAUAGAGUCGAUUAUGGGAUUCACUGACAUGGACGAGAUUACGACUAGCCAUUCCGUCAAGAUUCGCUCCAGGCUUUUGGACACAGAGCCCCAGCCCUUGAACAAACUUUUGGAGAUAAUGGGGAGGAAAUACCACGAUGCCGUCAAGGCAUGCAUACAAGGCCCCGAAGGUUUCGGCCUGGCCGACAGCGAUAACCAGACAGACCCAAAUGUGGGAGUUGCCUUGCAGCGGAUGUAUAUGGAACGAGUUGUUCAGAAACUGAAGAGCUUGGAUGUUUGA